ACUGACGUGUCGGCCGACAUUUUCGGCACAGCAUCAUCAGCGCUGACGUGGGAGCUACGUGAGCGAGGCGAGGCGCAGGCCGUCCACCCAUACUGUCAUUAGUGACGAGUCAGACUACGUAAAAACUUCGGUGACCAUGGAUACGUCGGUGUCGUCUCAGCUGGAUAGCUGUUUAAAUGAUUCAGUGACAGAUGGAGAGAAGGACCAUGGAGAAGCCAACUCGUCUCCUGCAGCCUCCAAACAGCAGGUUUUGUUGCAAACAGAGUCUGAAGUAACUGUCGUCCAGCUGCCUGACGGUCAGACAACAUCGGUGCAGGGAGUCAUCCAAGCCCCACAGACCACCUCUGUUAUCCAGUCACCACAAGUCCAGACCACUCAGAUUGCUACAGUGGCUAAGCUGGAGGAUGAUGGCUCGGUUAUGGACACGCAGAAGAGACGGGAGCUCCUCUCCAGGCGUCCGUCGUAUCGAAAAAUCUUAAAUGAGCUGUCGUUGGAUUCACCGGCAGUUCCUAAAAUCGAAGAGGAAAAGGCAGAGGAUGACGCGCCGCUCUCAAGCAGCCCCACAGAAUCAGUUCCCAACUCAAUCUACCAAACCAGCUCAGGACAAUAUAUUGCCGUCGCUCAGGGCAGAGCCAUCCCUCUGACCAGGCCUGCAGUUGACGCUUUUCAGGGAGCCCAGACCGUGACGGUGACAGGCUCUCCCUCCCCACAGACUGGAGCUGCCGUCCUGCAGGCUGCAGACUCAGCACACCAGUUCUUCAUCCAGGGAGGACAGGUGCUCAUCCAAGCUGCCACAGGAGACAUCCCCGCCUACCAGCUGCGUUCGCCCAACUCGGGCCUGGCUCAGAGCAUAGUGAUGGCAGCGUCUCCGAGCAGCAUGCAGAGACCCUCGUCACAGCACGCUGAGGAGGUCACCCGCAAGAGGGAGGUCAGGCUGAUGAAAAACAGGGAGGCAGCACGUGAGUGCCGCAGGAAAAAGAAAGAGUAUGUCAAAUGUCUGGAAAACCGUGUAGCCGUGCUGGAAAACCAAAACAAGACACUGAUCGAAGAGCUGAAAGCACUGAAGGACAUUUACUGCCACAAAGCUGAGUAGCAGCAGUUGCUGGUCCUCUGAAGACAGCCCAGACUGCUGCAACAUAUCGAAAAAAAGACUCAAGAACAAAAAAUAAACUGCUUUAAUCGUUUUUGUUUCUUUGCUCACUGAGGCCUGACGUAUGCCAAAAUUACAAAGUGUUGUGGAGAUUUCAGACAGCUCGAGCUUGCCAGUUUUGCUCUUGUUCUUAACCUGUGCUCAUUGCAUGUAAAGACUCUUGAGUGUUGUAAACUCUGCGCUUGCUGUCGCUGUUGUGCACGGGGCAAGGCCAGCCAAUGAGAGCCAGUUGAAGGACUGGAAACAGGAAGAGGAGAUGCAGAUGUUUCCUGGAAAUCUACUGAGAAUUUUUACCAAAAGAAGAAAACAGCUGGAAGUGAUGGAGGUGGGGAGGGUCAGCCAGGUCUCACAACCAGCCCCCUUUUUUUUGUUUAACCCCAGUCAGAUGUGCAGGAGGCACCACAAGAUCCACCAGCAGCUGCAACUCAAAGCGUGUUAACCUGAAGAUGUCAUGUGUGCAAUUAACGCUUCUGUUCUUGGUUGGUUUUGGUUCCCAUUAUUGGAAAAAAGCACAAUUAGGGAGAUGUGAUGUCACCAAUUUCAUUGUUUCCAUCUUACAAAAUGUUUCUUUAACAAAAUUUAAAUUAAAAUAAAAGAGAAUUUGUAUGUUUUUUUUUUAAACAAGAAGACAACAUUUGAAUGUAAACCUUUUAGUAAAAAAUGAUUUAUUUUUCUCUACUAAGGUGAAUCGUGUGUAAGAUGGUCCAAAGUAACACCAUGUUAAAUAUCAGAUUCUAAAAUGAAUAUACGUUCUGUGAGACAUAAGUUACCUGUAAAGAGAAAUCUCAACAGUAACGGUUUAGUUUUAAACAAGCACCAUGUUUCUGAAAUCCUAAAUUAAGGAAGAAAACUGUAUUUGUUUGUGGUCUAAUUAUUGAAAAUACUCUGUUUAAAGGGUGAUGCCAGUUUUUUUGUAAAGAUGCUUUAUUUUAAAAUGCAGCUUUUUCUUGUUAAUUCUGCUGACAGUUAAUAACAACUUAGGUUCUCUGUCCUUCUUGAUGUUGUUGAGUUUGUUCUAGUAAUUACCAAUUUGAUUAAGUUGUUUUAAUUUCUAUUAAUUAUGCUGAAAGUUGUCAUUUUGGCUGCUGAGGCUCUUCUGCUAACAGUAGUAUUUACUGUUUAACUCCUUAACAUCUGAAUAUUUCACAUCAGAUUUGUGAUAAAGUUUGUACUUUCAGAGGAGUCUCCAUUCAGUUUAACUCUGAUAUAAAGUAAAGUGCAUUUUGUUUUGCACUUAGUUUAUUUUGGUUUAAAUAACUCCAUCCUCUUUAUGUUCUCUUCUCUUAGUGUAUUUUUGUGUUUGAAUUGUACAACUGUUUUUGUUUAUCUAAUAAAAUUGUUAAAUCUGA